GAGCGAGCCAGCGGGCAGCCGGGCCGGCGGGCGAGCGGCGGCGGCGGCGGCACCGGCACUCCAGGCCGAGCCGGCGCGGGAGGAGUUCCAGGGCGAUGGGGCCGCGGCCGGGGCUGACGCUUUGACAGCUGGAAAGAGCGCGGAGCCAGCGCCUGGGGGGGAGGGAGGGGAGCGCGGCGAGGAGAGCGCGAGCGAGUGUGCGAGCGAGCGCCUGGGAGGGGGCCGGGAGCGAGGGGGCAGCUCGGGAGCAGCCGGAGCGGUAGCGGCGGCGGCGGCGGUGAGGAGGCUCGGCGUCCUCUUCUCUGCAAACCAUGUUUGCCAAAGGCAAAGGCUCGGCGGUGCCCUCGGACGGGCAGGCUCGGGAAAAGUUAGCUUUAUAUGUCUACGAAUAUUUACUGCAUGUAGGAGCACAGAAAUCUGCACAGACCUUCUUAUCGGAGAUUCGAUGGGAAAAAAACAUCACGUUGGGAGAACCGCCUGGGUUUUUGCACUCGUGGUGGUGCGUAUUUUGGGACCUUUACUGUGCAGCUCCUGAAAGGCGAGACACUUGUGAACAUUCAAGUGAAGCAAAAGCCUUUCAUGAUUACAGUGCAGCAGCCGCCCCGAGCCCCGUGCUUGGCAACAUUCCCCCCAAUGAUGGCAUGCCGGGAGGCCCCAUCCCUCCGGGUUUCUUUCAGGGUCCUCCGGGGUCACAGCCCUCGCCGCACGCACAGCCUCCACCUCACAAUCCCAGCAGCAUGAUGGGACCCCACAGUCAGCCUUUUAUGUCACCACGAUACGCAGGCGGCCCCCGGCCCCCGAUCAGAAUGGGAAACCAGCCUCCGGGAGGAGUUCCUGGGACACAGCCACUGCUGCCCAAUUCCAUGGAUCCCACGCGACAACAAGGUCACCCCAACAUGGGAGGAUCAAUGCAGAGAAUGAACCCUCCUCGAGGAAUGGGGCCCAUGGGGCCCGGCCCACAGAAUUACGGCAGCGGCAUGAGACCACCACCCAACUCCCUCGGCCCCGCCAUGCCCGGGAUUAACAUGGGCCCGGGAGCUGGCAGACCCUGGCCCAAUCCUAACAGUGCUAACUCAAUUCCAUACUCCUCCUCAUCACCCGGUACCUACGUGGGACCCCCUGGUGGUGGCGGCCCCCCAGGAACACCCAUCAUGCCUAGUCCUGCAGAUUCAACAAAUUCCAGUGACAACAUCUACACAAUGAUUAAUCCGGUGCCGCCUGGAGGCAGCCGGUCCAACUUCCCGAUGGGUCCAGGCUCGGAUGGCCCGAUGGGGGGCAUGGGCGGCAUGGAGCCACACCACAUGAACGGCUCGUUAGGGUCAGGUGACAUAGAUGGACUUCCAAAAAAUUCUCCUAACAACAUAAGUGGCAUUAGCAAUCCUCCAGGCACCCCUCGGGACGAUGGCGAGCUAGGAGGGAACUUCCUCCACUCCUUCCAGAAUGACAAUUAUUCUCCAAGCAUGACGAUGAGUGUGUGAUUCCCCCCCUUCUCUUCUCCGAGACGCUGAGAGAGCCGACAUUGCAGGCGGGAAGAUGCCAGAAAUUAUGCAAGAAGAAGUGAGGUGUCAUUACCCAGGAGCUGGGGGAGGGGCGUCUCCUGCUCCCCCCCAACCCCCACCCUCUCCUCCACCCCGUCCACCUUUCCCAGUUUUAGUUUCAUGCAAUAAAAAGGCCGAACUUUUUAUUCCAUAAAACAUGAAGGACAAAACUCAAAAUAAAAAUAUAUUUCAAGUCAAUGACCAGAAAAAUCCCACCCUUGCCCUUUCCCAAAGGACCUUUGAUGUCCUUGACACUUUUCUGUUUUUUUUUUUGUUUGUUUGUUUGGGGUUCUGCUGUUGUUGGGAUUAUUUUUUUUUUUUUUAAUUUGUUUUCAGGGGGGUUUUUUGGGGGAAAAAUUUUUAAAAAUGGAAGCUUCUAGCAAGCCCCCCCAACCCCAGCCCAAUCCACCUCUUUGCUUUCUUCUUUAAAAAAAAAAAAAAAGGACAAAAAAAAAAACACCAAGCCCCAUUGUCUGUACCCAAGCCCUUCCACCAGGAAAGCUAGUCUAGGUGUGAGAUCUCACCUGUCUUUGUAGCCAUCUAAAAAUAAUAAUAAUAAUUAUAAUAAACUGGGCAGUUUACAA